ACACCAAUCACGAACAACCGUUCAUGAAUCGCUCGUUGCAGUAUUGAAUCAUCCAACUGUUCUUUUGGCGCGCGAGUUUGUUUAAACUCGUUCAACACUGUUAUUAUUGCAAGUGACAUACGAGUAAUUCGUGUAACAAAAAAUGCAAGCGCAUAGUUCUUCCGCCAAUAAUGAUACGAAUGUCGAACCGGCUGAUGAAGAUUCGACGAUCGCGGAAAAGAAAAAACUGCUCCGAGAGAUACAGGAGUUGGAAUGCAUAAUCCAAAAAUGCGAAUGGGAACUGGAGACGUUACGUUUUGCAAAUGUGGAGGAACAUAUAUCCGAAUCGCAAAACUGGGAGACUCCAUCACGUUCCAGAGAGAUACCAAAUGUCGAAGUUGAUCUGCAAAAUGAUCUAUAUAAUUUUGCCGGUCUUCGUUGCGUCAAAUUUCGGAGGGAUGAGAUCAUAUUCAACUUUACAUCGACGAGCGAGCGACAGAAGAAAGACAUUUACGCGAUACAGAUUUUCAUUAAGGAUAGAAAAGGCCACCUGGGAAAAUGGAUAUUGCCAAUGUCGAUUGAUGUGAAUGACAUGCUGACCAAAAUACCUAUCGACAAAUUGGAAAAUUUAAGUCCUUUUCUAAAGAGCUGUAAACACGAUAUCGACUGUUACAUCAUUCGGCAAGAACAGUUCCUGUCAUUAAAAAAACAUAUUUCGCGUAUGAAGCAUUGUGCUCUACAGUCUAAUAUGGGAUAUACGCAUAUCAUUUUAGAAUUGUAUGGUGUACAUGACAUAGAAAAUGAUAGAUAUAUGAACUUAAUAAUAUACUUACUGUAUCAUUCGAAUAAAGCAAGACCAUAUAAAAUUAACAUUGACACAAUGGAAAAAAACAAACUAAGCGAUGAUGUAAGACAACGAUUGAAAAUAUGCUUGAAUGAGUUCAAGAAAACAGAUUUACAAACAGCAUUUGACAAGAUUUUAACAGAAGAUUCUGGAUUUACAUGGAUGCAGAUGAACGACUGUGACAGUCCAUUAGAAUUGAAUGAUACUAGCAGUUGUGAAAGCCUUUUAGUAGAAUUGCAAUUGGUUCGAAAAAAAUUACUGAGAAAGAGCAAGAGAAGACGUGAGCUGCAGAAGAAGUGGAAUGAAAAGAAAAGACAAAAGAAAAAUUCAAAAUAUAUUGAAUCUUCAGAAAGUAAUGAGGAAGAUAAUCGGACACACACUAAAAGUCCACGGCAAAUUUCGAUAAGAAAAAAUGAAACAGAGAUAGUCCCAUCUACCUCAAAACAGCAAGAGAAAGUUUAUAGAAAUCUUUCAGAAGAAACACCAUUGCAUAAAUCUAAAAAAAAAUUCAAACAGACAAAAUUGAAUUUUAAAAUCAACCAGAUUACAAAUUCUGCCAAUUCUAUGAACGAAAAUUCUUUGUUUGUAUCAAAACUGCACAAUGAACCUGAUAAAAAGAAACCGAGGAUGAUUCCGCUAGGCACUAGUACUCCAUUAUAUCAUAAUGCCAGGAAAAGUAGAAAAAUAUCCUCAUCGUAUAAUGCAGACGAUAACGUGAAUAUCACAGAUAUUGAAGUACCGAAACAAACUGCAGAUAAUUUAAAUGACUAUGAUAGUCAUCUAACAAAUAAGAAGAUUGUAAAAAGAAAGAUGCCAAAAUUAUCACAAGGUACUAAUAAACCGAUUAGAUCAUUGUCACGUUUACCAACUGUGAAGACAAAUCGACGCCAUACAAGUAUGAAAAAUAAAAAUAUGAGAAAAUAAAUGUAGAAUUUUGCAUAAGAGGUCCCAAAGCAUAUAUCUUGUGGUAACAAAUAUAUAUAUUUUCUGUG